AUGCGGUAUACCUCUUUGCUUACCAUAGCUGGUAUCACAGGCUUGGUACUGGCAGCACCAGGCCCAUCCCUAUCUAAAAGGGCAUCUUCCUUUGUUUGGUUCGGCGCAAAUGAAGCUGGCGCAGAGUUUGGGAGUGGAAACAUUCCAGGAGAAUUGGGCACCGAUUAUAUCUGGCCAUCGACCUCAACUAUUCAAACUCUCCGGAAUGCAGGAAUGAACAUAUUCCGCAUCCCCUUCGCAAUGGAGCGGUUGGUUCCCGGAACUCUGACGUCGAGUGCGGAUGCUACCUACCUAGCUUCAUUGAAAAGUACUGUUAACUAUAUCACGUCAAACGGUGGAUACGCUGUUGUCGAUCCUCACAAUUUUGGACGAUAUGACUUCGCAGCCUUUUGGACAACCCUCGCAUCGGAAUUCGCAUCGAAUAACAAGGUCAUCUUUGACACAAACAACGAAUUCAAUUCGGAAGACCAAACCCUGGUGUUGAACUUGAACCAAGCUGCUAUCAACGCUAUCCGAGCUGCAGGAGCCAGAUCGCAGUACAUUUUUGUGGAGGGCAACUCGUGGAGUGGUGCAUGGACAUGGACAACUGUUAAUGACAAUAUGAAAGCCUUGACAGACCCACAAGACUUGAUCAUCUAUGAGAUGCACCAGUACCUUGACUCUGACGGUUCCGGGACAUCAGAGACCUGUGUUAGCUCAACCAUCGGCCAAGAACGAGUUGUGGCUGCCACACAAUGGCUCAAAGACAAUGGAAAGAAGGCCUUCUUAGGCGAAUUUGCCGGGGGUGCCAAUUUCGUUUGUCAAAGUGCAGUGACAGGUAUGCUUGAUUACUUGCAAGCGAAUAGCGAUGUCUGGCUUGGCGCGUCCUGGUGGUCUGCUGGACCGUGGUGGGGAGACUACAUGUACAGCUUCGAGCCUCCUUCUGGCGUAGGUUAUACUUACUACAUGAGUCUUCUGAAGAAAUAUUUCCCCGGCUCGAGUGGCUCAGGUGGGACAACCGCCGCAGUCACCACCACCAUCUCCGCCACCACUUCCACAACAACUACUGCUACUACUACCACCACCACCACAACUGGAUCAAGUACCACAGGCGCAGCUCAUUAUGCACAAUGUGGUGGGAAGAACUGGACUGGGGCAACCAUCUGUGCUAGCCCGUACACCUGCCAGAAGCAGAGUGACUACUACUCACAGUGCCUGUAG